CUUUAAAUCGCUCGCGCCCUGUCGGUGUGUAGAGCAGAGUCUGACGACGGGACAGAGAGAAUCUGUGAAACGGGUGCAAUGAUGCUGGACUGGAGUAGAAGUAGUGCCUUUAUAACAGCUGUGGCACUAGUUGAAGCAAUAGCAGAAGUUAAAAGGCAGAGUUUCCAUGAAGAGCAACAGGUUUAAGAUGGACUUGAGAAAGUAUAAUUGCGGAUCUUUCUAGAUGUUUUCAUCCCAGUAACUCCUUCUUCUCGAUUGGACACUUAACUGAAAAGUGUCUUGUUCUGGAUUGAAUAAUAACAUUUCCUUACAUUAAUAAAGGGAGGUCAGCAUUAUCUAUUAGAGUCUUAGGACACAAGGACAGAAGAGAUACUCUUUUUGGAGCCUAGUUCUCGGCACCAUGCUUUACCUGAAGAAGUACUUCACCGAGGGCCUCAUCCAGAUGGCCAUCCUGCUCAGCUUGUGUGGAGUGAGGGUGGACGUGGGACUGGAGCCCUACCUGCCCCCCUCCUGGCACGAGAUGAUCCUGGGACCCACCUCGCUGCUGACCCAGACGCAGUUCCACAACCUCCGCAACCGCAUGGAGGACGGCCACGCGCUGCACCCCAAGAGCGUGGACCUGGUCGACUUCUUCACGACCCGGAGGCUGCUGAGCCUGGUCCGCUCUCUGGACAGACUACAGGUUCCUCAUUCAGAAGUGGAAACAUGGCUGGUCCAGAGGGAGCCGGAUCCUCUCCUGAUGGGGUGUACAGGCCUGUCCCCAGAGAGAGCAGCUGCUGGGGGGGAAAGAGGACCAACGGCCCCACCUGUGGACUCCAGAGAUGUUGUCCUGCAUGAAGAAGAGGAGGAUAUCGAGGAAGUAACCCAUCAUGAACCCAUUCAUCAAAGUGGUGCUGUGGAGGAGGAUGAGGAGGGACACCUGGGUAGAAGGACAGAAGGAAGAGGAACACCAGGAGGUUCCUACAGCCGUGCUAACAGAGAGCCAACUCAAAAUGAAGAAGACCAGACUUCUUCCUCCAUCCAGGAGUGCUUGAGGCUGUUAGACGAAACGUUUCCCCUGCCAGAAGAACAACAGUUAUAUGAUGUCGAGGGUAGAACGGUGGAGCAUCAAUCACCAGGCAGAGAGCCCUUGCUGUCCCAAAUUAACCACCAUGGUAACCCUCUCUUGGAAAUGGAGCUGGAUUGGCAGGACCUGUUGGCGAUCAUGGAGAACACAGGGGAUGAAAUAAUGGCUGACCAGACCCAGAAUUCAAGAGCAGUUGGGACCCUUCAAGGCGUUGGCUCUGAAGAUCUACACCAAAACUGUAACAACCAUGGCAGAAGAGUUACAGAGGCUGGUCAGGAGGAUACUCCCCUGCAGCAUGGUUUGUUGCGGCCGUCAGAGCUCGAGCCGGCCCUGCUCUCCCUCACUCCCAGUGCCGAGUUGGAUGACCACAGUUCAGCCUUAAUCACGAGAGGAACUUUGACAAGCUCUAACUUGACUCCCUCACAAAGUCUUCCAAACCACACACACCUGCUCGCUAAAGAUCCUUCAGAAGACUUCGGUUUGGGAUUAAGUACAGAAGAUGACACAAGUACCUUCAACAUGAACCUGCUAACACUAGGUCUUGACAAUACCAUAGGAUGCCCGCCGUCUGAAAGCCGUCCUAGCUUUGAUGCCGCUUUUCAAUCACGUGACUUGCCACUUACCAGUUUGACCCCAUCUUCAGAGGGGAAUGGUAUGCCUCAAGAGCUUCUGACCUCUCCCUCCAGUGUGUUUCUGGUUGACGAAGAAGAGGAUGUUGACAAUGAAGAUGGUCUCCUUAGCCCACUCAGUGACUUCUUAGAGGAUGCGGCCAUCUUGGAUGAGAUGAGACUUAUGGACCUGGUUCUGGAGGAUGGAUUCAGUCCAGAGAUGGCAACCAGACUGGAAGAGGAGGGUUACCUUGAAAGUAGAAUAGGCGAACAGGAAACGGUCAGGAAAGAUGACGAGUCAAGCUCCGGCACAGCAACGACAGAAGAUCAGGGUCAAUCAACAAGAUUUCUGCAAGACGAAGAGGAUGAGUCAGACUCUGGUCUCUCUCUGGACUUUAGCCACAGCCCUGCUUCCCAAUGUGCUUCUGAAGCCUCCUCUUAUUCAUCUUCUUCAACCUCCUCUUCAUCUUGUGGCUCGGCUGUGGGAAGUCCCUUCUCCGGAGAAGAGGAGGGUGAAGAGGGUUCAGAAAUGGAAAUGGAGGUAACCAUAAAGCAGGAGGAUCUAGAAGAGGAAGAGAUGGGGGCCGUAGGAGGAGGUUACCCUGAAGCCUUUAGGAAUCCCUUUCUUCCAGACUUUGGGGAUCACAAGCUUUACAAUGGCUUUUUCCUGGAACAUAUCGGCCAUGAUCACACCUACAACCAGCCAGGGUCAUCCGGAUCCUCUCCAUCCCUUGGAAAGAUGCCCACCAAGCACACCAAAUCCUCCUCUCGACACGACACCGACAAGCCUUACCAUCGCUCCUCUUCCAGACACAUCUCAGAGAGCAAGAUGUGGAGCCGGGAUGAGCGUCGAGCACGAACCGGAAAGAUCCCCUUCUCCAACGAGCUGAUUGUAAAUCUGCCUGUGGAGGAGUUCAAUGACCUCCUGGCCAACUACCAGCUCAGCGAGGAGCAGCUCAUACUCGUCCGGGACAUCCGGCGCCGUGGUAAAAACAAAAUCGCUGCCCAGAACUGCAGGAAGAGGAAACUGGACGUGCUGCAGGAACUGAAAGGCAACGUGUCGGGUUUGAGGCGCUACCGUUCGCAGCUGCUGCGAGAGAAACAGGAAGCCCUGAGGAACCUGCAGGAAAUGGAACGCCGCCUAAGCACAUUGUACCGGGAUGUCUUUUCCACGCUGAGGGACGAUGAGGGGAUGCCGUUGAACUCUAUGGAGUACCUGCUUCAGUUCGAGUCCAAUGGUAGCGUCACCGUAGCUUCACAGCAACAAGGGGCGGCGCUACCACGGACAAAACCCAGCAAGAAACAGAGGGACAAGAAGAAGUGAGGAGCUGGGAAAUCAAGACUGUCGGGACUUUAACAGGAGUGUGAUAUAACCACAAACAAAAAGGUGGAUAGAAGGAGGAAGUCAAAGUGAAAGUGAUGUUUACGGUGGUAAGAAAACAUUUACUUGAAGAUAUGCUGAUCUCCAUUCUCCAACAUUGUGUACCCUGGAAUAGGAGUGUAAACAACUCUGAGGGGAUUCUAUGCUUCAGCAUAGUGGAAACAAGAGAUAGUAGAUGAUCUGGGACCAGUUCUUUAAAACGCUAGCUCCAAACCUAUGCACGAUCCUGCCUGAAAAUACUGAAUUAAACAAGACUGAUAGCAGGCAGGAUCCCGGCUGUCAGCUAUGCCAUCUUUGGACAAAAGACACUUCAGCAGGUUGUAGACAGGGUCAUGGGAUGACUGUGGAUGUGGAUGGUACAGUAAGGCCAGCCUGCUGCCACAAAGACUGUAAGUGCCAACACCUGCAGAAGCAUUUCAAAUUCUACUGAGAAGAAAUCUGACGAUUUUCUGGACUUCUUGCAGUCAGCCUUUGUUUUAAGAGUGCCAAAACUAGGACUAGACUGACUGAGAAAAUGUAGUGAAUAUGGCACCUGGCCUGACACUUACCAGGCAAUAUUAUACACCAGUGUGUUGUGAAUAUACAGUAAGUACCUGACUGGAUGACUGGACCGCAUGACCCAAAAGGGACUGAUGGGAUUUACCUGUGCCUUUUUUAAUCUGGAAAAGUAUUACGAAAAAAGAAGAACACGAAUAACUCACAUUACAAUGCAAUUGGCACAAGCUACAUGUCUUAUUACAUGAAGCACUUGUUUGCUAUAAGUGUGGUGAAAACAGAGGAAAGGCAUUUUGCUGAAGCAUUGGUGGGUCAGUUUCAGGUGUGAGACGCGAGGGAGGUAGCGGAUGCAGAGGGACACAUAGCGCUGCAGUACGAUAGCAGCAGAGAGAAUAUGCCAUCACAGCGGUCAGAAAAUUGUCAAAGUUCAUCGUCAAAGCUAAGCUGAGAUGUUGUAAUAAAGGGACAAACCCACAGAUUUAUUUUAUAAGUUUGUCAUGUUUUAUUUUUUUAUAAUUGUUAUGUAUUUGUUUAAUCUACCCCCAGAGUAGUAGUAUUAUAAAAGUUUGAUUAUUAAUGACAGAUUAUAAUUAUUUAAUUCUUAACUCUAUUGACACCAUUUUGUUGUUAUUAAUUCAACACCUACAGCCCCAGAAAAAAUGAAGAGACCACUGCAGCACUAUCAGUUUCUCUUUGAGUUCAUUGAUUUUUUUAGAUAUUUGUUUGUAUUGUAUUCUAUAAACUAAAGAUUUAAGAAAAAUGUGGAGUGGUCUCUUCAUCUUUUCCAGAGCUGUAUGUGACUAUGAAGCUGUGGAAAUCUUAUAGCCUGCUUCCAAGUCAUUUCUGAGAACCUGUGCUUCAAAUGUUGCUCAAGAGCAGGCCCACCUCACAUUACCUAAUUUCAAAACACAGGAUGAGAAACUGUAAUAACUCUGGGUAGAUCUAUAGGACAUAGGUACAACUUGUUAAGCUAAUAAUAGAUUAAGAUUGGUAACAUGCCUUAAAUUGAUGCGGUUAAAAUGAGAGUAACUCUAGAUUCCAACAUUUUCCAAACUCCAGGCUGGUCUGUGAAAUAGGGUGUCACCAUCUAGUGGUUGUGCACACACAUUUAAGUAAUUAAACAUGUCAACAUGAUGCUGAAAGAAAAGAAAUCCCUAAAUAUCCAGUGUUCUAGUGAGUCUUCUGUUCAAAAGUAGUUUAUAUAAAAGUCAUGCUGCAAGUAAUGAUUGUGAUACUGGAAAGCAAACUAGGAGUUCCUCAGGGAUGAGCAUGGCUGGCAGAACAUGACUUUGUAGCAGCUAACAAAUAUGUCGAAUAUAUAAUGAUCCUGGAUGGGUGUCCAAACUAUGGCCCGGGGGCUCACUGUGGCUCGUUGUCCAUUUUGAAUUGGCCCUCAGCAAAUUCUACAUGUACAGUGGAAUAUGGCCCAUUCAUGAAAUUUGUGCUUUUAUUAUAUUAGAAUUCUUAAAUAUAUGUAAACAAAUAUCAUAGUAGUAUUCAUGUGUUAAUAAGCCCAACUUUUCAAAUAAAUUGAGUCAAUUCAACUACCUACAUUUGAUUGGUUUUGCUAACUUUUGCUAACUGAUUUUGAGACAAUAUACCUCAUCCCUAGUGAGGGGCCCAGCCCAUAGUAUGUUUUUCUGUAUAUGUUUGGACACCACCAGGUUUAGACCCUUCUGUUUUACCCGUGUCUUGCAGAUAUCAAAAGGAAACCAACUAAAACCUGUCUGCUGUCUUUUAUAAAUGUAUGAAAACCAAUAAUAAGCUGCAUGUCUGUCACUAGCACUGAUGGAACACGAUUGUUUUUUCAUUUCUUUUAUUGUUUAGCAUUUACAUUUUGUGAUUGCUGAUAUUCAAGGAUGUUUUGAUGACAUUGUGUUUUGCAAUAAACUAAAAACAAGA